AUGGGCUAUAUUCCUAUUGAUAUCCUUGAUUUGGCAAUAUCUAUUUCAUCAAUAAUCUUAGAUAUAAGUUUUUCAAUUCCAAUUUUAGUUGAUAUCACAAUAGGAUCUAUUGGUAGGAUUAUUUUACUAAGUGCUCAGUUAACCAUAGGUGCCUCAAUUGAUUUUGAGAGUAAAGCCUAUUGGUUAAAUUUGGUUUCUUACUUGUUAUUUCACAUAUUUGUCAUAACUUUUGAGUUUAAAUCCAUUUUUUAAAAGUUGUCUAAUACAUUUUACUAUGUACUUGCAUAUAAAGUGAUGGAUAUUUUAUUUACAUUUUUCACAAUGUUGUCUUCAUUAAGCGAUGAUUUAAUUGGGUAUGAAAUGCUAAUUAUAGUAUUAUCUUCAAUUUUACUCAGCUUUGAUUUAAUAGGAUUAAUAUUAGUAAUAGCUAAUUAUUUUUCUUGGUGUAAUUGUACUGAGAAUAGAUUAGAAAAAAACCAAAUUGCAGUUGGUGGACAAUUAUGGUUAGGUUUUGGAGGGGCUUUUGGUUGUAUAAUUAGUUUUAUCUUAUAAUUCGCAUUAGGAAUAUUUUAAUAAUCUUCAUAAUCAAAUUAAAGAAAUAGGAAUGACAGAGAUCGUAUAUUAGAAAAGCAUAAUGGUAGAGGAGAAGGAAAUAGUAAAGAAGAUGAAAAUGGUACUUCAAAAAAUCUUUUUAUGCUUGUAAUAUAUACAAUCUCAAGUGUGGCUAUUUUUAUUAUUUAUGUUUUUAUCAUAAUUAAAUUUUGUAAGAAGGCAGGUAGAGGAUCAACUACAAAAAAUUUUCACUCCUUUUUAAUUGGAAUACAAUUUGGUCUAUUUCUAAUAUUUGACUGCUAUAUAAUUGUCAUUUUUAUGAUUUUUUAAUCUAUAUAUAUAGCCUGUUUUAAAGCAGAGAUUUCAGCAAAAGAUGGGGAUAUCAAAACAGCUGCUGGUUAAGAGCUAGAGAAAAUAAAAUGA